UGACCCCGGUUUGCACAUUAAACACGGCAUAAUGCCUGACACCGCACCUUCCAUGGCUGUUAAAUCGCCGCCAAUACGGAGCUAGCCUCGGCGGCUAACGCUAGCCGGUUAGCAGAGCUGCUAAAGAAGCAAACUUGUGUGUUUAUUGGUAAAUAAACGUUGGUGACUGUGUUGGUGAUGUGCCGUAUGGUGACAGGCGGUGGCAGUCAGUGUUGGUUGUGAAGCUGCCCGCGUGUCGUUGUCUGUUGAAACGACGUCUGUGCGAGUUAGCGUUAGCAUUAUUCGGACGGAGGAUGCUGAGCUCCUUGCAGGCCGGAUAGGCGCCUUGGGAGGCGGCUCCACGCAGCCAUGCGAGCCCGCGGUCUGAGCUGGGCCUCCAGAAGAUAAGCGGGGCAGAGCUGGCCAGAGCUGGCCGCCAUUCACUGAGUGAGAGUCAUCCUGCAUGGACCCGUCACCAUGAGCCACAAGGAGAUGGUUUCCACGGAGACAGAGAACAAAGGACAGAGAAAGGUGUUUCUCCCUAACAAGCUGCUUGAGUGUCUCCCUCGCUCUUCCACUCUGCCAAAUGAGCGUCUGCGUUGGAACACUAAUGAAGAGAUCGCCUCUUACCUGAUAUCGUUCGACAGACAUGACGAGUGGCUCUCCUGCUCCUUAAAAACCAGGCCGAAGAACGGCAGCAUCAUCCUGUACAACAGGAAGAAGGUGAAGUACAGGAAGGACGGAUACUGCUGGAAGACGAGGAAGGAUGGAAAGACGACAAGAGAGGACCACAUGAAGCUGAAGGUCCAGGGCAUGGAGUGCCUGUACGGUUGCUACGUUCAUUCCUCCAUCGUGCCGACAUUCCACAGACGAUGCUACUGGCUGCUGCAGAACCCAGACAUUGUGCUGGUCCACUACCUGAAUGUGCCGUCCCUGGAGGAUUCUGGGAAAUGCAGUCCGCUGCUGUGUGGUGUGGCCGACCGCCAUGACAGCGUGAGGUGGAGCCGAGAAGACCUGCUGAGUCAGCUGAAGCCCAUGUUUCACAGUAUGAAGUGUUCCCUGGGUUCGGGGGAUUUCAGCAUCGAGGAACUGGUGCAGCACAUUCUGGAGCGGCAGAGAACCAAACCACAGCCGCGCACACACACCUGUCUCUGUAACACCGCCCAGGUCUCUCCAGGAGUGAACAUUCCUCAUCGUUGUAACAGCACCAAGCAUCGCAUCAUCUCGCCCAAACUGCCCGCUGCUGCCGGGUCCUCACCUUCCCCGCUCGCCGCUGAGGCAGGGGAUGCUGGGAGGGCAGGAGGGGGAGGAGAAGCCAAAUUGCCCCACCUGCAGGCUCAAAGCAGCCCCGCCUCCUCGCCCUGCCCCACCUCCACCGCCGCCUCCUCUCCCCCUCAGCCCCACAGAACCGCCACCAUCACCAUGAGUAACCAUAGCAACGGCUUCUACGGUGACCGGCGUGCCAACCUGACCACGGUGGCGCUGCCUCAGAACGCUGUUAUCGUCAUGGCUACAGCCACUGCCAUUGCAGGAGGGCGAGGGGCAGGAAACACGGGAGGCGGGGCCAGAGGUGAGGAGGCGGGGCAGAGGAGGAGCCUGUCACUCACCCAGUCAAGCCAAUUAUUGCUUUCCCCCACUGCGGCCACCACGUCAGGGGUGGCCUCAUGCCCCUCCCCUCCAACCUCCUCCUCACCCACUCCCUCCUCCCUCCCCCCCGCUGCUGUCCAGGCGUCAGGUGUGGCCACCCUCUCCCUCACCCUCCUCCCCUCUCCAGUCAUCGGAAGCCUCCUCCUCACCCCCCCCUCCUCCUCGCUCCGCUCUCGUCCUCCUGCUGCAACUUCCCCUCCUUCUCCCCCUUCCCCCUGCUCACCGCCUCCACCCACGUUUGACCCUGACUCCUUCUUGAACUCUCCAAAACAGGGUCAGACCUACGGUGGCCCCCCUCCUCUUCCUCUCCCCCCUUCCUCCUCCUCUUCCCCGCUGUCUCCCCCAUCCCUGGCUCUCUCCCUCUCCCCUACGUCCACCCCUCCAUCCUCUGUGUCCCCUCCAUCCUCCCUCUCCUCCUCCUCCUCCUCCUCUGAGGUGGACAGACGACACUCUGCCUCCUCUUCCCCGCCAUCAUGCUCCCUCCCCCCUUCUAUUGCCCUGUCUCCCACUUCCACUGGGGCCCCGCCCCUCCUCCCCCUCUGCCUGGAGCUGGGAGCUCUGGGACAGAACGGGGGCGGGUCUGAGGAGGUGGGUGGAGCUGAGGAGGUGAAGGACAGGAGAGGUUGCGGUGAUGAUAAUGAUGAUGAUGAUGACGAAGAAGGCAGGGCUCCUCCCACCAAGCUGGCAUUGCUACAGCCAAGCCACACCCCCUCUACCUCAUCACCACAGCAACAGACAGGAAGCAACUCUGCUUCCCGGGCCCUGGUUUGCCAACAGGUGACUUCUCCCCAGGCAGCCAAUCACAUGCAGCAACAAGCUGACAGACAGCCCUCAUUGGUGCUGAGAACGCCCUACACUCACCAGUCUGCAGUUGAGGCCCCGCCCCCUGCUCAAAUAUCCCAUCAACCCUUGGUUCUGCACCAAACAUCAAUUAUCAUGAAAGAUGCAUCUGUCUCCGCCCCUGCUGCCGUCACCAUGGCCCCUGCUCACUUGAACACACCCCCUGUUCAGGUUAAGGAGGAGUCUGGGCGGGGCUACAACUCUGAGGGCACCCACAUGGAGUCGUCCUUGGAGGAGGAGGAGGAGGAGGAGGGGCUGGAGCCCGGUGAGCGGGGAGGGGAGGAGCUUGACAUCUCCUUCGACAGCCAGUUUCCUGACCUCAUCUCUGACCUCAUCCCCGAUGACGCCAAUCCUGUUACAGCUCACUCCGCCACCGCCCCUCCAAACCAGUCGCUGUUCCCUGCGGGCGUGCGAUACGUGGUGCCCCCUCAGCCCUCCCCCUCCUCCUCUUUCCUGCCAUUCCCUCACCCGCUGCCCUCCUCCUCCACCAGACUCACCUCCAUCACUGACUUCUCACCGGAGUGGUCAUACCCCGAGGGUGGUGUGAAGGUGUUGAUCACAGGACCGUGGAGUGAGCUCUCGGGUCGAUACUCGUGUGUGUUCGACCAGAGCACCGUCCCCGCUUCAUUGAUCCAGCCGGGAGUCCUGCGUUGCUACUGCCCUGCGCACGAGGCCGGCCUAGUGUGUCUGCAGGUUCUGGAGUCGGGAGGUUCCGUUUCUUCUUCUGUUCUGUUCGAGUACCGAGCGAGAAAUGCCAGCUCUCUGCCCAGCUCCCAGCUCGACUGGCUCUCACUGGACGAUAAUCAGUUCAGGAUGUCCAUCCUGGAGCGGCUGGAGCAGAUGGAGCGCAGAAUGGCCGAGAUGGCUGCCCGUGACAACAACCAGCAGCACCAACAACAACAACAACAACAACAACAUCAUCAUUAUCAUCAACAGCACGGCAACCAAGUAGCAGCACUUCCUCCGCCACCCCUACCCGAGGACCACGAACAGUGGUUUGAGAGGAGGAUCGUGGGAGUGUGUGAGCGAAUGAUUAGGGUGGGACGAUGGGGAGGAGGCGGAGGAGGCAGAGAGAGGCUUCAUCACCCUGUCCGCCACCGUGGGAUGACACUGCUCCACCUGGCUGCUGCACAGGGAUACACACACCUGAUACAGACUCUGAUCUACUGGAGGAGUGUGAACAGCGACUCUCUGGACCUGGAGCAGGAAGUUGAUCCUCUGAAUGUUGACCACUUCUCCUGCACCCCGCUGAUGUGGGCUUGUGCACUGGGCCACCAGAGGGCGGCAGAGCUCUUGUACAGCUGGAACAGUCUGGCUCUGGGGAUCCCCGACUCGCUUGGACGUCUGCCGCUCGCUGUCGCUCGCUCCCGAGGACACACACGCCUUGCCACGGCGCUGGAGGAGCUUCACACGAGUACGCGCUCCACCCUCGGGGACACGCGCACGCCGCCGACGCCGCAGCCACCACCGUCUCCUCUGUCCACGAGCCCCGACACAGGUCUGAGCUCCUCCAGCAGCCUCCCCUCGCCCAGCGACCCCUCCUCCCCCUCCCCAAGCUCUGCUUACUCCAGUGGGCCCACGCCCAUGGACACCUCCCCUUCCUCACCCUCUUCCCCCUCCUCCCCCUCCACCUCCCCUCCCUCUGCCUCCUCCCUUCCUGCUCUGUCCAUGUGGGGGGAGGAGCCAAGUGAUGGCUUCAGCACAGGUCUGAACCCGGGAGGCUCCAGAGAGUCCCCCCUGUACCUCAUGGAGUACGAGAGCGCCUCCCUUGGCCACACGCACCUUUACACACAGAUGGUAGGGGGGCGGCGGACACACGCGGCCACACCGGCAGCGACGCUGGAGGAGCAGCUGCUGAGCUACAGCGAGAAUGCCGAGAACGAAGGCGAGGAAGAGGAGUACCUGGAGGAGGAGGUGCUACAGGUUGACAUGGCAACGCUGGCUGAGCAAAUCAUUGAGGCGACCCCUGAGAGAAUCAAGCAGGAGGACUUCCCCAAAGGGGCGGAGUCACCGCUCAGAGAGCGACGGGACAACCCUGCCAUACAGGACACCUGGCUGGCCACUUACCUGGACACUGUUGACGCUCACACUCACUCCCCACCGAGGCGGGUGUGCCCCCCCUCGCCUCUCAGUGCACUGGCCCUUCAGAGGCUCCGCCCCCCCUCCUCUGCAGCCUGGGCGGAGUUCCUGAAUGCGUCGACCAAUGGGAAGAUGGAGAGAGACUUUGCCCUCCUGACGUUGACAGACGGCGAGCAGAGAGAGCUGUACGAGGCCGCCAGAGUCAUCCAGAACGCCUUCAGGAGAUACAAGGGUCGGAGGUUAAAGGAGCAGCAGGAUAUGGCUGCAGCCGUCAUUCAGAGGUGCUACAGGAAAUACAAACAGCUAACAUGGAUAGCUCUGAAGUACGCGCUCUACAAGAAGAUGACGCAGGCGGCCAUCUUGAUCCAGUCCAAGUUCCGCUCGUACUACGAGCAGAAACGUUUCCAGCAGAGCCGGCGGGCGGCGGUCCUCAUCCAGCAGUACUACCGCAGCUACAAGCAGGCGCCACGUGGGGGCGCCAGCCACAACCCCAAGAUCAAGGGCUCGUUCCUGACAAAGAAACAAGACCAGGCAGCGAGGAAGAUCAUGAGGUUUCUGAGACGCUGCAGACACAGGAUCAAGGAGCUGAAACAGACGAGGGAGCUGGAGAGGAGAGGACUGACGACAUUAUGAUGACGUUGUCCAGAGGAGGAGAGGAGAGGACAUGAGGAGAGGACACGCGCGCCGUCUUCGUGCUGUGACAUCACAUCAUUUCUGUGCAGUUCUUAAAAGUGUUUGAGCUUCACCUGUGGACGGUCACAUGACGGGAAGUGGCAGGUGGAAUGUGUCGUGCCGGGGCGUCAGUCACAGAUGUUUACGUUGCUUAAAAAAAAUCUGACUGUACAAAAUAAUUUUAACAGUCAUAUAUACAAACAUAUAUUUACAUAUAAAUAUAUAUAUACAUAUAUAUAUAUAUUCUGAAGUUGACUUUAUAGAAGCGCUGGAUGUUUGUAUUUAUUACAGCAUGACCUGUUCAUGUGAGUGUGUGUGCGCUGCGCGCUGUGUCAAGUCUUAAGGAGCCCCGCGACCUCUGACCUGACUGACAGUCUCAAGUUUGUUCCGUUUUGUAUCAAAAUAAACAAAUUGACGCCGCCAUUUUGUUUAGUUUGCUCCACGUCGAGGGAGGCGGGCCGUGAGGUCAGAGGUCAGACUUGGGUUCCCUCCCAACUGUGUUUUAGUCAUUUCAGAAAGGACGCCAGCAACGGCGGCGUCCAGGACUGAGCAUGAGCUUUUUCUUCUUCUGCUGCUGCUGCUGCUGCGUGUUUUGUUUUUCUGAAACGAGGACGUUUUAACUUUGUUCAGUUGCAGUGAAGCUUCGCAUGAGUUUGUACGGGAAAAAAAGUCACAUGAUUAAAUCUGCUGUUUGCUAUUGGUCCCACUCCACUUCCUGUUUCCUGCCGCCACCGCGACGACACAAAGCGACAUGACCUCAGAGACGAAGAUUAUAAACACAGCUACUAUUAUGUUGUUGUUUUUCUGGUUGAUUUUAUGUCGUGAACACAUGAAAGUUCCAUAUAAAUGAACAUUUAUUUAUUAUUUAUUGGUGUUUUUACUCUGUAAACAAUAAAGGUAAUCUUUUUUUGGAAAAUUUAAA